AUGGAGCACACCAUCGCUGGCUUUGAGGACUUGUGUGGACAGUGGAGUCACUUCUACUGGAAGAACAAGUUCAUAAUGUUCAACUAUCACACCCUGCAUCGCAUCCUCUUCCGGGACAACUGGGCCGAGUCCAGCAUCGUGUUCGGAGACUGUCUCUUCAACGACGCCGUCACUGUGGUUUUGUACAUGUUCACAUUUGUGGGGGAGAUGCCGGUGGUGGAGUCGGUGGUGGAGCAGGUGGACGUCUUCCUGGGCGUGGCGCGCUUCUUCAUAGUGGGCCUUGGUGGAAUGGGCUUCGGCGUCCUCUUCGGCUUUGUGGCGGCCUUCACCACCAGGUUCACCUCCAAGGUGCGGGAGAUCGAGCCGCUAUUCAUCUUCAUGUACAUGUACCUUGCCUACCUGGUGGCCGAGCUCUUCGCCAUCUCGUCCAUCAUGGCCAUCGUGACGUGCGCCCUGACCAUGAAGUACUACGUGGAGGAGAACGUGUCUCAGCGCUCGUGCACCAUCCUCCGCCAAGUGGUAAAGGUGCUGGGCAUCCGACCUUUGAUCGAGUUUAUCAACGUGUGCAGAACCAACCGCAAUCUGGAGACCAUCAAUGUGGAGGUCUAUUGCAGGCUGAUUGAGAACACCAUCGCUGGAAUUGAGGACUUGUGUCGACAGUGGAGUCACUUCUACUGGAAGGAAGAGUUCAUGAAGUUCAACAAUCACAUCCUGCGUCGCAUCCUCAUCAGGGACAACUGGGCUUAG